UAAGCAAAGCAGAGAGUUGCUUUAAAUGCAUGAAAUUGAACUUCCUUCGGCUUAUAGACAUGCAGUACAACCUCCCCAGAUGAGUGACUCUCAGUGCUUUGGUUUCCUGGUUUUAUUAGCUGAUUUAUUUUUAUAAAACCAGAAAUGGCUGAACAUACUAUCGACAUGACUCAUAAUAAUGGAAGACAGAAGGGAAAGGAAAAAGUAGGUGAUGAUGCCGGAGAUACUAGUCGUCGCUCGAUCAUAUCUGAGGAGCCAAGUUCUGGGAUAUCGGAAGGAGAAUCUGAUCAAAAUCAAACUAGUGGGAAAAAUCUAGAAGAACACGGACGGUGUGCUCUCCUCCUUCGAGCUGCCUUAAAAGGUGAUUGGGCGGCUGCCAAACCUUUUCUUAAGAAUAAGUCAGACUGUCUUCAAGCUCACAUUACGAAAGAGGAAGCGACAACACUUCACAUUGCGGCGACUGCAGGACACACCACUUUUGUAGAAGAAUUGUUGAAAUUGGUGGGGCCGAUUCAGCCGGAGGACUUGGAAUCGAAAACCAAUUAUGGAUUUACGGCCCUCCACUCUGCUGCUCAAUCAGGAAACGUCAGAAUCGCUAUGCAGCUGGUGAAAAUCAACGAUAAAUUGCUAUUGAAUACUUGUAAUAUGGCAAACGCACCACUCAUUGUUGCAGCUUAUCUAGGACAUACAAGCAUGGUCUCCUAUCUAUUUUCUGUGACUCCUUUUGAAGAAUUGACUAAAGAAAAACGCAUCGACCUCCUUCAUGUUACUAUUUACAAUGAUAUGUAUGAUAUAGCAUUGAAAAUUCUAGAAAGGGAUCCUAACAUAGCAAAUGCCGGCACUGAAUGCUGGCAGGAAGCGAUGGAAAUGUUGGCGAGGAAACCUUUCUCAAUUGGCAGCGAAAGUAAGCUAUCAUUCUGGAAAAAUCUCUUACACUCUUGGUUCAAAGGGAUUUGUAACAAAGCUUUCAUGAAGACAUUAGCCCAUGAACUAGUUGAAAAACUUUGGACAAAGGAUCUCUCAUCAAACUUGGCUCACAACAAUAUCGCUUUAAUUUUUGAAGCUGCAAAAGUUGGAAAUGUUGAAUUUAUAAUUAUACUUACCCACUCUUAUCCUGACCUUAUAUGGCAACAAGACAAAAAUAAAAUGAGUAUAUUUCACUUUGCCAUUUUAUAUCGACAAGAGAGUGUGCUGAAUCUAAUAUAUGAAAUAGGUGCUAGCAAGGAUAGCCUUACAUCCUCUGCUACUGAAGAUUACAAAGAAAACAUGUUGCAUUUAGCUGGAAAAUUAGCUCCUUCAGAUCGACUAAAUAUUGUAUCAGGAGCAGCCCUUCAAAUGCAACGAGAGUUGUUGUGGUUUAAGGAGAUAGAAAAGAUUGUGCCGCACACAUACGUGAACAGAGUGAAUUCGAAAGGCCAAACACCUAAGGAAAUUUUUACAAAGGAACAUAUAAAUUUGCAGAAAGAAGGUGAAAAAUGGAUGAAAGAUACAGCAAACUAUUGCAUGCUUGUGACAACAUUGAUUGCCACUGUGAUUUUUGCUGCAGCCUUUACUGUACCAGGUGGCAAUAAUCAAGAUACAGGAACUCCUAUUCUUUUGAGAAGUAACUGGCUUAUUGUAUUCUUCAUAUCAGAUGCAAUAGCACUGUGUUCCUCUUUGACUUCAACAAUAAUUUUCUUGUCAAUUCUCACGUCUCGUUACGCAGAAGAUGAUUUCUUAAAAUCAUUACCUACAAAGUUGAUGUUGGGACUUGCCACACUCUUCAUUUCCAUGGCGGGCAUGAUGGUAGCCUUCAAUGCAACUUUCUUUUUGGUGUAUACAAGCACAAGGGCAUGGGCUCCGAUUGUUGUAGUUGCUUCAGCUAGUAUCCCAAUUACGUCAUUUGUUUUGUUACAUCUUAAACUUUGGGUUGAUACAUUCCUCUCAACAUACAAGUCUAGAUUUCUUUUUCAGCCAUAUAAACAUAGACUUUUUUAGUGAAAGAUGAAGAUUGAGGAAUUGAUCAA